AUGAGUACAGGAGAAGGAAACACACUAACAUUGAAGCUAGAGAACAAAUGCGGCGACAAAGAAGAAACAUGCCACUGUCGUGAUAAACCUCCUGGUAUUAUUGCUAAAAGGGAGCCAAACACUCCAACAAAAGGCUUCAUUAAGGUUACUCACCAGUGUAAGAAUGGAGAACCAUUCAAGUUAGACAAGAUACUAUCCGGUGGUGGAGGUCAGAUAGCAGGAGUAAAAAAUCCCAUAUAUAGUGUCUCUGUGUACUUUUGGAAUGGAGCACCAGAUAAACCACUCUUGCUUGGAAUUAAGCAAAAUGGUAACUCCCAAACCAAAUACUAUAGUAAAGGAACCAGUUUGUGGAUAACUAGUCUGGUAUCUCACCUGAGUGAACAACAAGCACUUGAUGAACAUAACUGCCAAAAGAACAAUGCUGUUGUAUUUGAUAUAAAGGACUCUCAUACAGGUGAUCUUCUCAAAGAUCCUAAGGCUGAUUGUAUGCAGAAGACUAGAACGGUGGAACAAGCUUCUAAUUCCAAACAACCUCCAGGGAGUGAUUAUGUUACUACAGCAUAUAUCAUUAAAGAUAUUAGUGGUGGUACGAGUAGAGAUACAAAAAUAUCUAGAGUAACUUUGCGUGGUAGUCCUAUUAACAUUUCACCUCCCACUGAUCCGAUUGACGCAGUAAUACUCUAUUCAUAUCCCGGUAGUGAUAAUAUACCCCUUAUGAUUGAAUUUCUAAAACAGGGUGGAGUAGGAUCAGAAUGGUAUGAAAGUCAAGAUUCAAGUGGUAAUAACUGGGGAGAAGUUGGUCGUGAUAACAAUGGAUUCUACGAAGACAUAGAAAGUGACCCUAAGCCUACCGCACAACUCUCAGAGAAACUUGACGAGGUAUUAUGCAAACGAUAUAACAAUGUUACUUUGGAUCUAUCACGUAACCGAACUAAUGGAUCUAAGUAUUGUUGCAGCGAUCAUAAAGAUAAGGAUGCUAGGAUAUCUGUUACUAAAGGAGAUAUCAUAGUAAAUAGUCUUGCACGGACUACUUCAUACUACAAACACUCUAUUAGCGAUGGAUACGAUCUUGCCGGUAUUAAAUUUUAUCAUACUGCUGAUGGUUGGAAUAGGAAGAAUAUAAAGCUUUUAGGAGUAUCAUUUCCAACCUCUGGUGUAAAUAAUGUUUAUGUGUUCCAUUGCAACCAGCAUGAUCCGGUUCUUAUAUAUAUUGACUCACCUAGAAACCCUGCAGCAAGAGGUUGGUACAAGAAAGGUGCUAGUGAUCAGUGGACAUGGAUAGGUGGUAUCCAUAAUAGCAUAACGGAAAAACACUUACAGGAUGGACUUAAUUGUAGACAAUGGAUGAAACUAAGUAUAGUACUAGGAAAAGCUGGUUGUAAUGGUUUGCAAGAAUGUCCUGGAGGCGAUCCACUCACUCCAGAUGAACUAAAACAGGAAUUAGAAAAGGAAAUGCAAGAAGAAGAAAAGAUAGCUGAGGCUGAACGAGAGAAGGCAAUAGCUGCAAAAGUUCAACGAACUACUCCUGCUGAUACUGCUAGUGGUAGUUCUGGAAAUAGUAGUGAAGAGGGAUCUUAUAGUAGCGGUUCUAGUCCAUCCUCAUCUCAAACUGCUACUGGUCCUCAAGCCCUUGGUAGAGCUGCAGAGGGAAAUGAGAAACUAUUGGGAGCAGCUAAAACUGUCGGUAGGACUGUUGGUUAUGUACUAGGCAGAUCAGCUAUAGCCGGUGGAGUUGGAGUGUAUACUGCCAAUGAGAUUCUCAAAACUGCAGUUCCACUAGCUCUUGAACUUGUGGAUGGUACUAAAUUUAAAGUUUAUGGUCUUGAUGCUAGAAGAGAAGCCCCCAAAGGAGGUGGAACUACUGCUAGUAGGUCUGGAGGAGUCACUAUACAUCUUGACAGUAGAGAUUCAUACGACCUUAACCCUAACGGCGGAGAAAUGAUAAACGUUUCCUCUUACCAUUAUCCUCCUAUGAAAGGGUAUUCUGCUUAUGAGCACAUGAUUGGAAAGGACCUUAAAAUCAAUAAGUUUACAGUUAAACGUAAGGGACAAACCUUUAUACCAGAAGUUGCACCUGUGGAAGGUGUUAAGAGCGUAAUAGUAUAUGUUUUCACUUGUGGUGGUAGCAGUACACCUUUACUACUCUAUUUUAAGGAUAAGAACGGUCAUAACUGGUAUGAGAAGGCUAAAAAUGAUGAAUGGAAGAGCGUUUCUGGUAAACUAACUACUAGAUCUCCAGAACAAGCAUACCUUGAUAACACCCUUAGGACUGCUCUAAAGACCAUAAAAAAUAGUUUGGACGUUAAAUGUAAAGGCAAGAAAAAAUGGAUAUCUGUGCCUCAAAAUGAUGGUAGUAACGAUAUCCAAGAUCUAGUAGAAAGUAGACAGCAUAACAACCUUGGACCUUCAGACGUGGACAAUGUUAUUUCUCAGAUUAUUCCACUGGAAAAACCUCCAAAGCUUAAACUAGACGUGCAACAAGGAGGUGAUAACAACUUUGACUUAUACGGAAAUCAAGAACCACAAAAUAACAUUGCUCAACCUCCUAAAGCUCUUCAACAACAACGUACUGCUGACUCAUCUGAUAACCAAGGUAAUACUCUUCAAGGUGGAGAUCUUCAACCUGGUGCUCCCGCUUCUGAACCUCAAGCUCGUUCUGGUGCUGAAGCUGAUUCUGAAGCUCUUCAACCUCCUCCUGUUUCUGCUCCUCCUACUCCUAAACCUGCUCCUGUUACUGGUUUUGAAGUUCCUCUUGUUGCUACUAUUGGAUACUUUUUUGCUGGAACUGCCGGAAGCGCUGCAACAUUCUUUGGAGGAUGGAAACUUUAUAAUCGCUAUAAGGGAGAUCCUUGGAACCAUCUGGAGCUUAAAAAACACUUCGAAACACACUACAAUAUACAAGUAAACAAGGACGAAGUAUCUAGCACCGGUUGGCAUUGGGGUACAUACGAAUUUGAGAAUAGUACAUUCAAGUUAAACAUUGGAUCAAAUGCUGGACUAGAGAUUGAUGCUACUUCCAUAUUACAGGCAACAAUACCAACAAAGACAGAUUUAGCCAUUGAACUCAAGAGCAAUGAAAAUCUUUACAGCGUAGAUGAUUUGGUAGAAAUCAGAUUCUGUGUACCAAACAAAACAGAUUCUGAAGACUUUGAGGUACAACUGGAAGAUCUAAAACAGACCUUUUUAUUAAAGUCUGGAUUGGAUGAACUCAAGAGCGAAAAGAUUGCCCUGCUUAUGGACAUUCCUCUUAUUGUUCCUAGAGGUCGUUAUGAAAUUGAAUUUACCAAAAAGAGUAUCAAACUCCACGGAAAGAGUUACGAUUAUACCUUGCUAUUUAGCAACAUUUUGAGAAUGUUUUUACUUCCAAAACCAAAUAGCCCGCAUAUCAACUUUAUUCUUGGCCUAAAUCAGCCAAUGAGACAGGGACAAACGAGAUAUCCAUACAUCGUAAUGCAGUUUGACAUGGACGAUGAACUGCAAGUUGAAUUAAAUUUGGAUGAAAAGGAAACGGAGGCACUUAAACUAGAAAAGACACUGGAGGGGAAAACUUACAGUGUUGUUUCUCGUUUAUUUGGUGCAUUGGUAAACAGAUCAAUCGUUGUACCAGGAGACUUUAAAUCUGAUAAGGGUGAUUCCGGGUUUUCCUGCACAUACAAGGCUACAAGUGGCCACUUGUUCCCACUCAACAGAUCGCUCUUGUUCAUUGUUAAACCCGUUAUUUUCAUUAGAUUUGAGGAUAUCGUCUCUGUCGAAUUCAACAGGACUGGAGUUGUAUCACAGAAUCGUUUCUUUGCAGUGAUUAUUUCAAUGAAGGGUGGAAUGGAAUAUGAAUUCACCAAUAUAGAUAAAGCAGAAUUUGAGCACUUGAAUGCCUAUUUGACAUCUCGUGACAUCAAGAUCAAGAGCCUGGAGGAGUCCGAAAAGAUGGAUCUUCCACUCGACGUUGAGGAAAUGGACGAAGAUGACGAUGAAGAAGACGAAGACUUUGAGGACGAAGGUUCGCAAUCUUCUGAGGAGGAAGAAGCUAACGAGGAAGAGUAGACAUCACAAUCACCCGCUCGGUGGCUCGACU